AUGUUAUCCAAAUCGCAACUCCCUCUUUUCCUCCCUCUCCUCUCCACCUUCUCGAGCACCUGCGCCGACAUCAUUCCAGCACACUCCAUCGGCAACGCGACAUGGCCAUAUCAAACAUACAGGACCACAAAUUUCACUCCCCCGUACCUCUCCAUUUCUCGAUCACCUGAAGCCCCUCCGGUCGACGAAUGCGAUGAAUCUUCCGAAGCCUACCUCUUCUUCGCUCCUCUGGGCACUGCCUUUGAAAAGUCUCCUCUCAUCAUGUCCGAUCGCACGGGCGACCUCGUCUGGAACGGUCCAAAUGCCAGCACAUUUGGAUUUGGCGUGCAGGAGUAUCAAGGAGAGAAAGUGCUCGUAGGCUGGACUGGCAGUUCAUUCCCGGAACCCAUCGGUCGAGGCAACGGUGCCGUGGCAAUCUGGAACAAGAACUACGAACUCAUCGCCAACGUGACCCUCCCUGGAGAUUUCCUCGAACUGGCAGAGAACGCGACGUACCCAUCCAACAUCGAUCUGCACGAGAUUUUCAUCACCGAAAAGGGCAGCAUGAUCGUCACGGCGAACAACGUGACGGCAGCCGACCUUUCCGAAAUAGGUGGUUCUAGCGCGCAUUGGAUCGUCGAGGCCCAAGUCUACGAAAUCGACAUCGCGACCAAUGAUGUCCUCUUCGAAUGGAAGUCUCUUGACCACCUCGAAAAAUUACCAUUCGCCGCGUCCGUCUACCCUCUCGGCAGCGACGGCUUCGACGGCUCAAAUCAGACCCUAGCCUGGGGCUACUUCCACAUCAACGCCGCAUCACCCUACCUCGACGGCGGCUACCUCCUCUCCUCCCGCUACCUCGCCUCGGCCAUCGCCCUCGACUCCGAAGGCAAAGUCCUCUGGCGUCUAAGCGGCAUCAACGGUAGCGACUUCACCCUCGGCGAAGGUGCCGACUUCCGCUACCAGCACGACAUUCGUCUCGUGGAGACAUCGGAAGACAAUUCAAUCCUCACUCUCCGCCUCUUUGACAACCACAACUCCCCCAUUGAGAACAACACCACCCCGUCAUCGGGCAAGCUGCUUUCCGUCGACCUCAAAAGCAACCACGUCACCCUCCUCCAACGCUUCCUCAACGAAUCCGGUCCCGUCUACCCCACUGCGCAAGGUGCCUUUAACCCCAUGGAGAACGGAAAUUACUUCAAAGGAAACGGCUUCAUCCCUGUGUUGGAAGAGUUCUCCCCCACCGGAGAAAUUCUCUCGACGAUCCAAUUCGGCGUGGCCAAUACCAUCCCUUCAGGAGGCUACGUCAGCGGCGCGAGAGGAACGCUCUCCUACCGUGGUUUCAAGCAGACGUGGGUUGGGUGUCCAACAACCAAGCCGAGCGUCGUGGCGGAGAAGUGGGAUGAAGGUGAGGGUGUGAGGGUGUGGGUAAGCUGGAAUGGGGCGACCGAGGUGGUUGGGUGGAGGAUCUGGGGUGGGAAGGAUGAGGGGAGUGUGGCGGUGAUUGAGGAGGUGGAGAAGGUGGGUUUCGAGACAAAGGUGGAGGUGGAGAGUGUGGAUGUGGGAUAUGUGAAGAUUGAGGCUGUCUGGCGGGAGGGAGCGGAACAGAGUUGUGCUGGUGGCGGAGAUGGGGUGUCAGACUUGGUCGUCGUGCAGAAUGGCAGUUGA